CCAAAGAUACACACGAGUAUAUUAUAUAUAUAGGAUGCUUUGCCUAUGGUAUAGGGAAUGAACGGAUCCUAGGUAAUAGUUUUAGUCAACCAACACUUCAUUUUAUCAACAUCCUCUUAUUUUGUUUUCAAUGGCGGUGUUGACAGAAGAAUCACUACUUACUUACAGAAUCAUGGAGGAACAACAACAAAAACCACUUUCCUUUUCACUUUCCCUUUCUGCUCCUUCAGCUUCUGCUUCUUCACCUUCUGCUUCAGAAAAUCAUUCAAAUCCAUCAGAUGCAGUUAUUUUCUUUGGUCUUAGUCUUGCUCUUGGAAUUGCUUGCAGACACCUUUUGCGUGGGACUAAAGUCCCUUACACUGUUGCUUUGCUCAUCCUUGGCAUUGCUCUUGGAUCCUUAGAAUAUGGUACUCAUCAUCGGCUGGGAAAGAUUGGGGAUGGAAUUCGUCUUUGGUCUGAGAUUGAUCCAGAGCUCCUGUUAGCCGUUUUUCUUCCUGCUCUCCUUUUUGAGAGCUCAUUCUCAAUGGAAGUUCACCAAAUUAAGAGAUGUAUUGCACAAAUGAUCAUACUAGCUGGUCCAGGUGUUGUGAUUUCAACCAUUUUUCUUGGAUCUAUGUUGAAGUUUACUUUUCCAUAUAACUGGAGUUGGAAAACAUCGCUGUUGCUUGGGGGACUUCUGAGUGCAACUGAUCCUGUUGCAGUUGUUGCCUUGUUGAAAGACCUUGGUGCCAGCAAAAAAUUAAGCACGAUAAUUGAAGGGGAGUCCUUAAUGAAUGAUGGGACGGCUAUUGUGGUUUAUACCCUUUUCUAUCGGAUGGUUCUUGGAGAGACCUUCAACUGGGUUGCCAUAAUUAAAUUUCUAGCACAAGUUUCACUUGGAGCUGUAGGAAUUGGCCUUGCUUUCGGGAUUGCAUCUGUUUUAUGGCUUGGGUUUAUUUUUAAUGAUACAGUGAUUGAGAUUUCUUUAACACUUGCUGUUAGCUACAUUGCCUACUUCAUUGCUCAAGAGAGUGCGGAUGUCUCUGGUGUUUUGACAGUGAUGUCAUUGGGAAUGUUCUAUUCUGCGUUUGCAAGGACAGCUUUUAAGGGUGAAAGUCAACAAAGCUUACAUCACUUUUGGGAAAUGAUUGCUUAUAUUGCUAAUACAUUAAUUUUCAUUUUGAGUGGAGUUGUUAUAGCUGAAGGAAUACUUAGUGAUGAAACAGUUUUCUCUCAUGGAAAAUCAUGGAUCUACCUCUUUCUUCUCUAUGCCUAUGUUCAAGUGUCUCGAUGCAUUGUUGUUGGAGCAUUAUUUCCCUUUCUAAGAUAUUUUGGAUAUGGUUUGGAUUGGAAAGAAGCUAUUAUUCUCAUCUGGUCUGGGUUGCGAGGAGCAGUUGCCUUGUCACUUUCACUAUCGGUUAAGCGUUCAAGUGGCAGAUCAAUUGAAUUGACUCCAGAGACAGGAACAAUGUUUGUUUUCUUCACUGGUGGAAUUGUGUUUUUAACACUUAUAGUGAAUGGUUCAACCACACAGUUCAUAUUACAAUUCCUUGGCAUGAAUAAGUUAUCAUCAGCUAAGAGACGUAUCCUUGAGUUUACAAAGUAUGAAAUGGUUAACAAAGCAUUAGAGGCUUUUGGUGAACUUGGAGAUGAUGAGGAACUUGGGCCUGCUGACUGGCCCACAGUGAAGAGAUACAUUUCCUGCUUAAAUGACAUUGAAGGUGAAUGUGUUCAUCCUCAUGGUGCAUCUGAAAGUGACAAUAACUUAGACCCUAUGAAUUUGAAAGACAUACGAGUACGCCUUCUGAAUGGUGUCCAAGCUGCUUACUGGGAGAUGCUUGAUGAAGGGAGAAUUACUCAAACAACAGCCAAUAUCUUAAUGCUAUCAGUGGAGGAAUCAAUAGAUUUGGCUUCAUCUGAACCCCUAUGUGACUGGAAAGGUUUAAAAUCUAAUGUUAACUUCCCAAGUUACUACAAGUUCCUCCAAUCAAGCAUGUUCCCACCGAAGUUAGUUACAUACUUCACUGUGGAAAGGUUGGAGUCAGCAUGUUAUAUUUGUGCUGCAUUUCUUCGUGCCCACAGAAUUGCUCGGCAACAAUUACAUGAUUUUAUAGGGGACAGUGACAUUGCUUCUGCUGUCAUCGGUGAAAGUGUUGUGGAGGGAGAAGAAGCACGAAAGUUCCUAGAAGAUGUUAAUUUAACAUACCCUCAGGUUUUACGUGUUGUAAAGACAAGGCAAGCAACAUAUGUAGUGCUAAAUCAUUUACUUGAAUAUGUUCAAAACCUUGAGAAGGCUGGCAUAUUAGAAGAGAAAGAGAUGCUACAUCUACAUGAUGCUGUCCAGGUACCUUGUGGUGUUAUUUAUUUCUCUGUUAAUCUUUUAUUUAUGAUUCGCUCUUCUGAUAUCUAUAGUUGGGUUGGUCAGCUAUUAAUUGAUUCUUUUAAUUUUCAGACUGAUUUAAAGAAAUUACUUAGAAACCCUCCUUUGGUUAAGCUUCCUAAAAUAAGUAAUAUACAUCCUAUGUUGGAUGCUCUGCCGUCUACAGUUCGUGGAACACUUGUAAGUGGUAUAAAGGAAACAAUGAAAUUGCGUGGCUUGACACUUUACAAGGAAGGUGCCAAAUCAAAUGGCAUUUGGCUAAUUUCUAAUGGGGUGGUGAAGUGGGAAAGCAAGAUGAUUAAAAGCAAGCAUCCUUUUUAUCCAACUUUUACGCAUGGUAGCACAUUGGGUCUUUAUGAAGUGCUGAGUGGAAGACCAUAUAUCUGUAAUGUUGUCACAGAUUCCAUCGUAUUGUGCCUUUUUGUUGAUGCAAAUAAGAUAAUUUCAUGUCUCAAAUCUGACCCUUCAAUGGAAGACUUCCUCUGGCAGGAAAGUGCUAUUUUCCUUUCCAAACUAUUGCUUCCCCAGAUAUUUGAGAAACGAACGGUGCAAGAUUUAAGAGCUCUUAUUGCUGAAAGAUCUGAAAUGACCAUGUAUAUACGAGGGGAAACAAUUGAAAUACCUUCUCAUUCAGUUGCCUUCUUACUGGAAGGAUAUGUUAAAACUCAAGGUCGUCAAGAACUGGUAACCGCACCAGCAGCUCUGGUUCCUUCGCAUGGGAAUCGAAGCUUCCAAAAUUUGUCAAUAUCAGGUAUUAAGGAGGCUAGUUUUAUUCAUCAAGGAUCUUGUUAUCUGGUUGAAACUAGAGCAAGGGUAAUCGUGUUUGACAUUGCUGCAUUUGAGCCUGAUACUGCUCUUGUUAGAAAGCCAAGUUCACGGUCAUCACACGCCAUGGAUCAUCCUUAUAGAUCUUUCCGUAAAGAACAUAGUGGCCUUAUGAGUUGGCCUGAACAUUUCUACGCGCAGAAUCAGCAUAAACAAAACUCCGAACAUCAAAGCAAUAGUUUGUCUGCAAGGGCAAUGCAGCUGAGCAAAUAUGGUAGCAUGGUGGACUUUCCACGUUCGAGUAGAAGUUUGUUAACCAAUCGCUCUAGACCACCGCCUCAAAGUUUGUCAUAUCCAACCUUUGUGCCACAUCAAGCUCGUCCACUUGGUUUAGUCAAAUCCGAAGGAGCUGCAACUAGCAAAAAUAAUAUUGGAGUGAAAGGUUUCAUGCAAGAUGUUGCGAAUCUCCCUUCACAAAGCACAGAUCGAAGAGUACAUCAUGAAGAUGAUUCAAGUGAUGAUUCUGCUAUUGAAGAAGAUAUUAUUGUCAGGAUUGAUUCACCAAGCACACUAUCUUUUCGCCAAUCAUGAGCAGAAUAGGUGAAGAAUCUGUUGUGAUUAUAAGUUUGUGUAAUAAAUGUUGCCUGUGUCAGGAACAUUAUACUGUAUACAUAGGAAACAGGCCGUUAGAUAACACCAUUAGUCAUGAAAGCUCUCAAAGUUUAUUGUAUUAUAAAAUAAAAAAUAAGCAAUAGUUGUUGCUCAAAUUUUUUAAAGUUGUCCUGAAAAUUUGUUAUAAAAUCAGAAACUUCAGAACAUCUUCAAACUUGUUCUCAUAGUCUGUUAUUUGGA